CCGCCCCCUUCCUGGACUAGCGGGGCUGGAAGGCAGAUUCGCGGUAGUGAGGUUUCUCGGAGGAUCAUGCCUCUGUCCAUGCACCCCCAUGUGGUCUUAGACAUAGCCGUAGCCCUGCUGAGUACCUUGUCUUUCCUGUUGGACCUGGUCGCCGACGUGUGGGCCGUCGUCCAGUACAUGCUCGUUGGCCGUUACCUGUGGGCCGCGCUGGUACUGAUCCUGCUAGGCCAAUCCUCGGUGCUGCUGCAGCUCUUCAGCUGGCUCUGGCUGACAGCUGACCCGGCCGAGCUGCACCACUUGCAGCCCUCGCGUCGUUUCCUGGCUCUGCUGCACCUGCUGCAGCUCGGCUACCUGUACAGGUGCCUGCACGGAAUGCAUCAGGGGCUGUCCAUGUGCUACCAGGAGGUGCCUUCGGAGUGUGACCUGGCCUAUGCAGACUUCCUGUCCCUGGACAUCAGCAUGCUACGGCUUUUUGAGAGUUUCCUGGAGGCGACACCGCAGCUCACACUGGUGCUGGCCAUCGUCCUGCAGAGUGGCCAGGCGGAGUACUACCAGUGGUUUGGCAUCAGCUCAUCCUUCCUGGGCAUCUCGUGGGCACUGCUGGACUACCAUCGGUCCUUGCGUACCUGUCUUCCCUCCAAGCCGCGCCUGGGCUGGAGCUCCUCUGCUGUCUAUUUCCUGUGGAACCUGCUGCUGUUGGGACCCCGAAUCUGCGCCAUUGCCUUGUUCUCAGCUGUCUUCCCCUACUAUGUGGCCCUGCACUUCCUCAGCCUGUGGCUGGUACUGUUGUUUUGGGUCUGGCUUCAAGGCACAAAGUUUAUGCCUGACUCCAACGGUGAGUGGCUAUACCGGGUGACAGUGGCGCUCAUCCUUUAUUUCUCCUGGUUCAACGUGUCUGGGGGCCGCACUCGAGGCCGGGCCAUUAUCCACCUGUUCUUCAUCCUCAGUGACAGUGUUCUGCUGGUCACCACCUCCUGGGUGAUACAUGGCACCUGGCUGCCCAGUGGGGACUCAUUGCCGAUGUGGGUGACUAUAGGAGGCGUCUGCUUCUUCCUGGGCCUGGCUUUGCGUAUGAUCUACUACCUCUGGCUGCACCCUAGCUGCAGCUGGGAACCCGACCUCGUGGAUGGGACCCUAAGACUCCUUCCUUCCAAACGUCCUCCUAAGUUGAUUUAUAACAGGCGUGCCACUCUGUUAGCAGAGAACUUCUUUGCCAAGGCCAAAGCUCAGGCAGUCCUGACACAGGAGGUACAGCUGAAUGGAGUCCUCUGACGCAGGUCUGACUCAGCCAGUGAGGAGAGGAGCAGAGCGGGGCCUUGCAAGGGACAAGGGGCCAAUCAUGUGCAAGCCAGUUUCCUUCUCCAUUCCUCAGUUGUUUGCCGUCCUCACCUCUCAGGUGAUUGGUGGUGGGCAUGUUCCUGGUUCCCUAGCCCGCUCUGGGUGACACAGAUUCUGGGAGAUGUUCUCAAGAACUCUUCCCCACCCCAUCCCACCCAUUCACCUCAGCCAACAGAUGCUGAAGGCACUUUAUGUUCUGGGAGCAUCAUACUGACUUCUGAACUGGCUGCCACCCUAGCUUCUUUCCCUGUCCACCUGGACAGAUUCUGGGUAGACUUCUAAACAGCAGAGGCCAGAGCUGCUCCUCCAGUGUCCCAAAGCCCAGGCUCUUAGGUCACCUCUACAGUGCCUUAUGGACCUGUGGUCUAGGCCAGGUGAGGCCCAUUGAGUAUUUUUCAAUCUCCUACCUCAAUCUAUAUGAAAGAAGAACAUGCGUGCAUGUGUUUAACAGUAUUAAAACCUCAUGAGAUUCUCCAAAUCAGUAUGUACCAUUAAGUGCAAUCUAUCACCCUUUACAGACACAUAGCAGGCAGAGGCCUGGAACCCCUUAAAACUGACACAGACCCCUGCUGUACGGAUGUGGGCCAUCUUAGGUUUGACUUAAUUUUGCUUCCCUAGACACAGGAGCUAGUGAGCCAAAGCGGGUUGCUCAUUUGGCUGGCAGAAUUCAUGGGUUGAUGCUAAUGCAUUCUGCAUUCUCUUAGCAGCUCCGUACUGAGCCUAAAGAGGACAUAGCAUCGUUAGGACAGGGAGGCAGGUUUGAGGGGCUGGGUGCCCUUUGUGGGUGAGAGGUGUGGUGGCUUCUGGGAUGUGAUCGAUGGUUCUAUGGAGAUGGGAUGUUCUGCUCUGGGAGGUUUGUGGUCUGGUGGAACAGGAGAAAGGUACCAGGGGCAGAAGAGAAAUGGUCUAGGUCCCAGUGCUGGGAUCCAAGGCGGUUCUACCAGUCAUUCAUUCAUUCAUUCGUGUGGAGCACGACCAAAAAAAGCACCAUCACACCAAGUGCUGAAAGAAGAACAGACGAAGAGGUGAGAGGGAGGAUGUAUGUUGUCGGUGGAAGUUGCAGCUUUAUAAAGAACCACUAGGGAAGACCCCUCUGAGAACCUGAGGCAUUGAUGGUGGGCCACUUGAGCAGUGACUGCAGCCUGGAGUCCCUGAGUGGUAAGCAGAGCCUAGAGUUGUGAGGCAUAUUGGAGAAGGAAUCUGUAAAUGCUGUUCCUUGGGGGGGGGGGUUGGGGUGCUUUUGGCCCACAGCUAAGGAGGCUGCAGAGAUGCAGGUCGGGGCCUGGGUAAGGCUCUGGGAGAAGGUGCUUCUUAUACUAAAAAUGUGUGUAUGGGUUGACUAUUAUGGACAGAAAGGACCUAGUGAUUUCCUUGAAUUUUACAGACCAGUAAAAGGAGCCAAAGUGGUUGUUGAUGUUAAAAGGGUCUGAAAAAUAAUUGCCACCUCUGUCUUCACUAUCUCAUGAAAAAAAAAAAACAAAACAAAACAACCCAGAUGUAAUGAUAUCAGAAGGCUUCAUUCUAUAAACAGAUUCCUCUAGAGGUACACACCUGAAAUCACCAUUAUUCUCAUUUAUGAAAAGGGUCAGAUCUAUAGAGGGCUGGGCCAGUGUGACAUACCUACCAGUCUGGGCAAGGACAUCAGGAGUUCAGACUCCUUAGUGACAACAUCAGAGGCCAGCUUGGACUACAUGAGACCCUGUCUCAAACAAAACAAAAAUUAUAAAAAAACCACAACAUAUGUUUAGAAUUUUAGUUUUGGCUGACCUUUCAUUUGUAGUCCAGAUGAAAUUGUCAAAUGAUAGUAACAUGUAUUUAAUUAAAUCCAAACUCUUAUAUACUACCUAAAACACAUAGCCAUAUACUAACCUAAAAUACACUCACGCAUACUUUGUGUUUAUGAAACGGCUUAGCCCAUGCUAUCUUGGAGCAUUACACAGCUGAGGCUGAACUCCUGAUCCCACGCCUCCAUCAGUCAAGUACUGGGAUUAAACACACAAGUCAGGGCUGGGGCUGCAGCUAUGGCUCAGCAGUUAGGAGCGCUCCCGGCUCCUGUAGGGGACUGAGGUUUGGUCUCCAGUACCCAUUCUGGGUCGCGCACACCUGCCCAGCUCUGGCUCCAAGGGAUCCAGCAUCCUCCUUUGGCUUUUGCGCAUGCAUAUUUAGAUACUAACACAAUUUUUUUUUUUAGUUAAAAACAAACAAACAAACAGGUUACUGCAUUGUUCUUCUUUUGUGACGUACCAUCUGGCCUGUGUGAGACGGCCCUGAGCACAGCCUUCUCUUGUCUCAGCUUCAGGACGACCACGCAAAGCUGUUAAAGUUUACAGAGUUUAAAACCAGCUUAGUGACAUGACCUGUAGUCCUUGAAGAUUCCCAGUAAAACACAUGUAUUUUUGUUUUUGGUGAUUUGAAACAAGGCUCCACACUGUAGUUUAGGCCAGCCCAAUCUCUUGACAAUUCUGCCUCAGCUUCUGAAGAUGAGAAACACCAUAUGUGACCAAGAACUUUGAAAUGUGAAGAAACCGGUUUUGGAAAAAUAAACCUUAAAUUUUACAUACCACUGCAA